UUUCUUGCUCAACUACGGAACAAACCCGAGGGGUGUAGAAUCUGGGCUCAAAAUCGAAGCGAGAACCAUACAUGUAGCUGAGCUGGUCAAAUUAAGGAGCGAAUUAAUUCAACAUAGGUUUAUAAAGUUCGGACUUGACCAGCACGUUACCAAGAUGUCUCACUUUUCAGAUGAACCAUGCCAGGGAUGUCUCCAAGACAAGGAACAAAAAACUUACCAUGUGGUGAUGAAAUUGUGCGAUGACUGCGCUCUGCAAAAGAAGCAUUUCAUCCAAAAGUUGGCACUGGAAAAGAAAGUGGUCUUCAAUUGCAGCAGACACCCUGCCUUUAAGGCUCUGGCAUUUUGCAUGCGCCACGAUGAAACGAUUUGUUUAGAAUGUCUUCCGGCACAUAUCGGUCCUUGUUGCAGUAUGAUGGACUUAAACGCGAAAGUGGUAGAUCGGAGAAGCCAGCUCACUGAUCUGGUAGAACGAUGCAAGAUAAAAGCCGAUGAAUUCAAACAAUUUAAUAUCCACGUCGACACGAGAACGCAUAAAAUCGAUACUCACUUUGCUGAAAUCGAAGACGAAAUCCGCCAGCUAACUUCUCAAGAGAAACGAGAAGUGGAAGAGAAUCGAGACCUCGAGGCUGAGUGUAUCAAUAGAAAUGCUGAAGAAAAACUUGAGAGAAUCAGACAAGAGCAAUACGAGGAUCUGACGAGAAAUCAGCGGGAAGCAAAGAAAAGAUUAGACGCAAUUAAGAAGAAAGAAAAAGGACUGCUCGAGAGGGUUGAUCAAAUUAAAGCCAUAUUUACCAAGAAGAUUUCAAAGAUGAAGUCAUAUCUUCAACAAACUUUGGAGACCGUGGAGAAGGCAGAGUCCUACGACGACGAUGAAAUGCUUCAGCCAGAUUUUCAAAAGACCGUCGUGUCUUUGACUAGUGUCCUCAAUAAACAAGUCGAUGCCUGCGACGUUGACAAGCUAGUAGAAGCUGCAGAGUCAGUAAUGGGGUUUGAUGGUGACAAACGAAUUGAUGUUCCUUUGGAGAGGUGGGAUGAACAAGAAGGACUGACUUGGAAGACAGGACUGGGUAAAGGAUCCUACAUGAUGGGUGCCAUCAACAUGGAUGAAGUCUUGCUAAAGAGGGUGGAUGGUGGCUCGGUCCAUGCCAUGAACGUUUACAGUGGUGAUACCAGGGUGGUGGUCUCUGGAAAGACACCAUAUGAUGUUUACAGUUGUGCUGCUCUUCAAGACGGUAGGAUCGUUUGUGGGACACGCUUUGGCGAGAUUGUCGUUUAUGAUCGUGACUGGAAACCGCUGAGAGUGAUGCAUCUUGAUUGCUCAGGCAAGUCCGUCAAGUUAAGACCUGUUUCGAUCUGCAUUGAUAGAGCUGGUUUGAUCCUAGCUUCUAAUGGCGAAUCCACUGUUCAUGUAUUCAAUCCAGACGACGGAGACUUUGUCAGGUCAAUCGACACCAACGUCAGGUCUAUCUGUGAAAUUCAUCUUCUGUCAUCCGAUGACAUCGCGCUCCGCAUCAGAUCAUUAGAUGAAGAGUGUACUGAUGUUCGCAUCUUGGACAGCAUGGGAUGCCUUCGAUCCACUCAUCAUCUACACAACAAGAACGUGAUUGGCAUGGCUGCGGACAUGUCACGUGGCCAUAUAUUUAUGAUGCUCCUUGAUCACGAUGACGACUGCGAAGACUUCGACAUGGCAGUCCUUUCAUCAAGCGGUGUGGCAGACAUUGACGUCGAACUACCUUUCGACUCUAGGACACUUGCCGAAAUGUGUUUCAUGCCAGAGAAGAGCGACUUGGUUGUGCACUACGAAGAAACAACUGUAAUAUUUAGGAAAACCGAACAGGGUCUCGAAGAAAUAAUCAGUAAAAUUGAUUAAAUCACAAACUAUAAUAUAAUCAUGGUAACAGGUCACGAUGUAUUUCUACAUUCGUGCCAUUUCAUGUGUAUAAAAUAUGACGCUGGAGGUACGGUACUGUUCUCUUUUCUGACAGAUCGACAGUCAUUGAUCAUGUACACCGGGAUGAUGAGAUAAAUCAGGGCGAGACUAGAAUAGACCAGGGGCCCGUAUCACAAAGAGUCGCGAUUGAUCCGAUCAAUUACAACAAUGGAUG